CUGUAGCAAAAACGUCGCUAUCUUCUUGUCAAUAAACCCGUCUUUCCUACACUUGUCAGCUAAUACGGAAAACAGCGGAAGGAGCUCUGAACACGCUAGCAGGCAGCUAGCUAAUUUCAGUCUUCAUUCUCUUCAUUCUGUGUUUUGUAGCAUAUGCAGAGAGAUGUGGUUUAUUUAUUUACUGAGCUGGCUGUCGCUGGUCGUCCAGGUAUCCUUCGUCACCCUAGCGAUAGCGGCUGGCCUGUACUACUUGGCUGAACUAAUAGAAGAGUACACAGUAGCCACGAGUCGAAUAAUAAAGUACAUGAUCCUGUUCUCGACAGGUGUGUUGGUGGGUCUCUAUGUUUUUGAAGGUUUCCCUGUGUUUAUGGUGGGAGUCGGCCUCUUUACAAAUCUGGUAUAUUUUGGCCUCCUGCGAACCUUUCCCUACAUUCUGCUGAGCUCCCCGAACUUCAUCCUCUCCUGUGUGUUAGUGGUGGUGAACCAUUACAUGGCCUUCCAGUACUUUGCACAAGAGUAUUACCCAUUUUCAGAGGUGCUGUCGUACUUCACCAUCUGCCUGUGGGUCAUCCCGUUUGCCUUCUUUGUGUCACUAUCAGCGGGAGAAAAUGUGCUUCCAUCCACCAUGCAGCAAGGAGACGAUGUGGUGUCUAAUUAUUUCACCAAGGGCAAGCGGGGCAAGAGGUCUGGGAUCCUCCUUGUAUUCUCUUUCCUCAAGGAGGCAGUACUGCCCAGCCGACAGAAAAUGUACUGAAGGGCUCGGUGUGCCGCUUUGCGGGCUGGGGAUGUGUAAGUGUAUGGGGAAGUUGGACAACAAGUGGGAAAGCAGGAAGGACAGUGGAAGUUUUUUGUGGUUUGGACUUAAGCAAAGCAGCGGCCAAAACAACGGGGAAACGCACAAAAAGGACGGACCAAGGAACAGAGUGAAUGAUUGAGUUUACAAAGGCCAUGUUCAUCUUUGGGUUUGUUCUGACUGUCAACAGCACCUACUGGAGACCUCUUUAUAGGGAUCUUGGCUGAUACUGAUUUUUGUAUCAUCAUAUUUUUUAAGCUUUAAUGUUAAGGCACGUCUGAGAAGGAUUUAAAAUCACCAACAAACAGAAAAUGUUGGUAUGGAUGGAUAAAUCAUAAUUGAAUUUCCUCUUAAAGAUUUCUUCUCCUGUCAGUUUUGUGUUUUUCUGAUUAGGUUUUCAAGGUAGCAUAAAGCCAUGUAAGGGGGUGAAAUAUUUUCCAUUCAUUGAGGAAGACAGAUUAGAGAGACCCGUAGCUGGAAAAGAGAGAUCAUCUUCGAAAGUACAACAGGGAUAUUUUAGGUCAGCUGCUGAAACCCACAGAAGACAUUCAUCAAUUACUUUUAAGGAUUACUUUCAAGCCUGUGAAAGUAAUGGUGAGUUUUGUUCCAGCAAUGAGGUGUUAUCUUAUUCAAAUAUACUUUGUAACUUUACUUUCUAUAAAUUUGGUUAUGUGAUCGCAUAUUUUAUGUUUUAAUUUAAAUCUAGCGUCAAGGCAUUUCUUUGCUCUGGAUCAAUUGAAUUGGGAAUUGGUCUUUUUGUCCCUUUGCCAUUUUGGACAUUUGCCAUUCUGGUUAUUUUGUACUCUAGAAGGAAGUGUGUAAAGAAGCUGUUUGCCAGGGGAUGUUUCAUAUUAACCACUCAUCCCUUUGUGCAUGUAAUGGGAACGGUUGGCGUUGACAGUGCAUCAGUUUGUACCAGCGUGUUUGACAUUAAGUAUUCGUCCCCGCAGUAGGGUCUCCUCCUUUCACACCUGCUUUGGCAAUGUUUCAUACAGACCAUGUACCUGCAGUUGGGUUAAAUGUACCUUUUUUGGGGACAUUUCUUAUGUAACUUGCAUUACUUCUUACUCACGGAGUAUGCGCCAAUUGGUACCUGCUUUAGGGAUGUUUUGGAUGCGUUAUUUGUCAAUGUCCACCUGUUAUGGUUGUUUGUUGUUUUCUUACCCCCCAACUGUGUUAAUCUGUACCCACUUCUGGACAUUUUGUUCCCACCAUGUGUCAGUUUAUAACCACUUUGGACAUAAUAGUUACCGUAGGUCAAUUCGACCCACCAAUGUUUUGUAGUUUGUACUAGAUUUCACAACCAAAGGUUUAAAAAAAUCUUAUAAAAUCUAUUCAUUUUCUGCCAUGAGGAAGUGCAGUUUUGUGACUCUAAUGAACCUCAUCUACUGGCAGAUGGUUGCUUAUAGAUAUUUUGUUUUAAUCAGGGAUCUUAUCUAAGGCCAAAAGAGUCAUCUGGGUCAUACGGACGAGAACCCAAAUCAAUAACAUAUAUAAAACCCUAAAUUGUGUCUCAUUAUGAAUAUAAACUGAUGCACAGUGGCUAAGUCCAUAAAUAUAAAGGGGGUUGUUUACGAGCACAAACUUGAAGUAGGUUAGGACAAAAUGGCAAUGUGGUACGAAUUGAAGAAGGGGCGAAUUAACCCAGAGGUAUCUACAUCUGGUCACAUUGCUUGGAGUUUGGUAGCAUUCGCUUUAGCCCAUUCACUACUGAGCAGGUAGCUAAUGACAAGUGGCUACCUGCCUAUCUUGAUGUUGGACUGACAGAAUUUAUAGUAAUAAAACAGAUUUUUAUAAAUGUAUCCAAGAUUAAAUUAGACAAGAAAGACAAUGUAAAGACAACUAAAGAUCAAACCGGUGAACUGAUUUUUGUAGGAUUACUGGUGGAGAGGGACAAAAGCUGCACAAACCGGUUUUAUGAUUGAAACACUAAAGCAGCUGAAACUGUUUUUACAAAGUAUGAUUUAUCAAAGGUUGGUAUGUACACAGCUGUGAAAUAAAUACUUUUAUGAAAGAAA